CAUAGUGACCUGAGUGAACUAGGCUACUCCCACACAGACAUCGGACCAGCUGCGCUCAGCACCACUGGGACAGAAGACUGUAAGCCGAACGUCGAGUUGGAGUGAGCGAGAAGUUGAACUAGCUACAUUUACACACCCGAGGAUUUAAAGCUUCCUCUGACGUUUCAUCAUGGCCGAGAUGGCCGAGAGUCACUUUUCUCUGAUGAGUCUGGAGGAUGAACUGACCUGCAGCAUCUGUCUGAGUCCCUUUGACUGUCCGGUGACCAUCCCCUGUGGACACAACUUCUGCCAGGACUGCCUGCUCGCCACCUGGAAGGACUCGUACAGCUGUCCUCAGUGCCGGACCCACUUCGCCACCAAACCGGAGCUGAAGAAAAACACGGUCCUCAGCACCGUUGUGGAGACUUUCAACUUGAGGACGAGCAAGAGCGAGACCGGCCUGAAAGAAACGUCCGAGGAGACCAAUGAAGCCGCGAAACAACAGAAUGUCAUACGUUGUGAUGCAUGUAUGGAAGCGGAGGCGUCCCAGACCUGCCUCACCUGCAUGGCCUCUUUCUGCGAGGAGCACCUGCGGCCUCACCGGGAAAACCCAGUUUUUCGUCUCCACCAACUGAUCGAGCCUGUCGGCGACCUGUCGGAGCGCAUCUGCCCGGACCACCACAAGCUGAUGGAGCUCUUCUGCAGCCAACAUGGCCGCCCAAUCUGCAGCCUCUGCCUCCAGCAGGUCCACAAAGGCUGCUCCUUCAUUUCUCCAGAGGAGCAGAGGAACAUGAAAGAGUCCGACCUGAGAGGCAAGUUAAGUUUGCUGGACGGGAAGAUUACAAAGAAUGAGAAUGUGUUAUCUCUAAUGGGUGACAUGCAGGACAAGCUAAAGGACUCGGCGACCAACAGGAAGGCUGCUUUGGCAGCUGAGUAUCAGCAGAUCCGUGAUAUGUUGGCUCGAGAGGAGCGUGAUGCUCUGAUCACAGUGGACCGCGAGCUGGAGGGUGGUCAGACCAAACUCAAGGGUCUCGCGAAGAAGUUCACCGAAAACGUUGACACUUUGAGCAAAGCUAGAGAAGAUAUCCACAGUCUGCUGAGUCAGUCCCAAACUCUGGCCUUCCUACAGUCUUCGUUUAACCUGCCCCCGGCCGUCAACUUUGAACCCCACACCCCUCGAAUCAACCUGGACUCCAAGAAGGUGACGGCAGCACAGGCCUUCUCUGCUGCCCUGAAGGAGCAUCUGACAGACCUCCUGAAACAGCCGCUAGACGCCAGACUGCUGAAACUUAAACCAGAUGGGAAAGCAGAUCCUGACUCGGCACCCGCAAGUUCUGGAAGUACUGGAUUUCAGCCAAAAUCUGAAGAACCCAAGCCGCAAAAGCAGAAAAAAGCGCCCAGGUCCCACAGUCCAGGUCGUCCACCCGUCCAGCCAUCGUUCCAGCCAGUCCCUGGACCUGGUUUUAUGGGGCCACAUGGAAACUUCUUUCGACCCCAGCAUCCACCUGGCCCUUUCAGGGGUUCUCCAUUUAUGGCAGGACAAAGGCCAGGAGCUUAUCGUGGCUUUAUGCCUUUCAACCCUUCCCAGGAAACUGAGCUGAUGUGGACAGAUAAAGGGUUUCAACCCAAAGCAGGCCCAAAGAAAAAACCUCAAAAACAAAAACCUCCCCAAGCCAAAGAGGACAACAUGGGAAAAAAGGAUCAAGCCCGUUCAAUGGAGAACCUGUUGGAGUUCGUGGGGAGCGACGAACCCAGAGGCUGUAGUCCUGCAGCCGAAUCCAAAAAGCAACCAGAAAUGUUGGACAUUCCCCCAAACAUAACAUCUGCUGAGAAAAGAACUGAACUUCUGAAAUAUGGCACGAUACUCACUUUGGAUCCAAAGACGGCCCACAAACGCAUCGCACUGAGCGAGGGCUUCACUAAGGCCUCUGUGUCAGACGAGCACGCAGACUACCCCGACUGCCCCGAACGCUUCGCCGUCUGCUCCCAGGUGCUCGCCUCCAAGGGCUUCUCUAGAGGCCGCCACUACUGGGAAGUCCGGCUGAGCAGCAGCAACUUCAUUGGCGUAGGCUUGGCCUACAGCAGCAUUGACCGCAAAGGUCCCACCAGUCGACUGGGCCGCAACGCCCACUCCUGGUGCGUGGAGUGGUUUAACGUCAAGCUGUCGGCUUGGUACAACAGCGGUGAGACCGUGCUGGUCAAUCCCAAUCCAAAGCGCAUAGGCGUGCUGUUGGAUUGUGACGAGGGCACUGCUACGUUCUAUAACGUGGCCGACAGGGCAUACCCCUUCCACUCCUUUGUGUUCCCCUUUGCUGAAGCGGUGUAUCCGGCUUUCUGGAUUUUCUCAAGUGGCUCGUCCAUUUCUUUGUGCAAACUGCAGGCAUGAGGAGCAUAUGCAAUUUAAUGGCAUAUGCAGGCAGGCAAACACAUGUAUACAGUCAAUCCUUUGUUCUAAUCGCGAUCAUUAAUGAUUGAAAAGAAUACUUUCCUAGUUGUACUAACAGCAAAAAUGUCAACAUAUUGUAUAUACCCAAGAUUAUUUAAAAAAAAAAAAAAACAAAAAAAAAACACUUUCCAGUUAUACCUCCAGCUGAAUGCUUAUGGCAUUUUGUGCUGUUGGAAUGGGUCAAGUGAACCAAUGAUUAUGCCCACUAUUAGUGCUUACUUAGUGCCCCUCUGUUAGUUCUGCUUUAAACCAAGAAAAUGAAGGAAUAGAUGGUGGUGGUUGAUCUGCCCAGCCUGAGAACAUUAGUCCAAAGACAGCUUUAAGCAUCACAACUGAAAUGGAUGUCAAGAGUUAAUGGCAUGUCAUAGCUACUGUAAGUCCCUAGCUGUUGUCGUUAGCUAUGCUGAGCAGCAGCUCAAAAGAUGAGCAGCAUCGAUGAUCUGCUACUUUUUUCCCCUCAAACUUAACUGAAACGGAUGCAAAACGUAUACAGCAAGUAGUUAACAAUAUAACUCAGUCCCUUUCAGCCAGUUGCCUUGAUGGCCUGAAGCUGGGAGGAGUGGUAGCUGGGUUAUCUUGUGCUGGUUUCAAGUUUCAGAGAUUUGAUCUACUUCCUCUUUUACUAGGACUGUAACAACACACACAGAGCACACCGCUCACUUACCGUACAGCGUGUGUAUACAAGUGUGUCUACUGUAUUGUGAAUGUGACUGGAAAAAAAAAAGUGAUUUAAUUACAUCACUCUCCAGCAUAUGUCAGUACAGUGUUUUCAUAUGACAUCUGCAUGUGAAAAAUGUAUUGUUUUGGAGUGCAGCUCUUAAGGUUAUAGGGCUGGGCGCUAUGGCAAAAGGUUAAGAUAUUUUCAAAUCACAUCAUUUAUGGGUCGUUUCUGGUGACCUUAAAGAUUUCCUAUAUUCCCUAGAUCUUUCCAGUUUUUGAAACCAAAACAACACUAAAAGACUGCCCAGUGAUUGGCUAGAAAUACAGUAGAUAAGAGGGUUCCUGUGAUGUGAUUGGAUGUUCCGUGUGCAUAAGCAUUGUAUACCCAAUAGACAGACAAACGUUCAUCAAGAUAAGAAAAUAAAUUGUCCGUACCACCCAGCCCUAUAUCUUUACUUCCUGAACUCUUUGACUGAUUCAGCUGAUGAGAAGAGAAGUCCUAUAGACUCUGUUUCAUCACUUUCCAACAGUCACUUUUAUUUGUUAUUUUUAUGGUAUUGUGCCAUUUUCAUUGGUGGAGUUUGAGCCAGAGAGAGAGAGAGAGAGACCUUGGCCAAAUUUGAACCCGGGAUGUGAUGUUUGCAUGGUGUGCUCCAAAUGCAAUGCUAUAAUGUCACAUCUAUGGGAGGCA